GUCAACUUAGGAUGGAUGGGGGGAUUCAUGCAGAGCAGUGACAUCUGCGAGAAGUUAUUCUGCACUGGUGUCCCAGCUUGGUAUGUCCAUACAAGCGCAUACAUACCCCUGAAAAUGAUGGUUGUUGAACCGGUCUUACUCACAUGCCCAGAUCACAUCAUUAUUGCCAUAUACACAGAGGGCAGAAAAAUCUGCCCAUUUGAAGUCAUCUACCAUGGUCAAGGUGGUCGCAAUCGUCAUAUGCACAUUCACUGCCUAUAUGCAGGCAUGACAUACCAAGAUCCCGAGUCUGACAAAUCUUCUCAACUGUCGUCCAGCUUGAGUUGUCCUGCUUCUGGUCCCAAAUUAUCUGCUCUUGGCAAGGCGCCUAAACAGAAGGGAAAACAAUGGCACCGGUGUAGAGACUCGUGUGUCUCAUGGUGUGAUAUGGCAGGUUUCACUAGGAAGUAUACAGCACAAACUCGCAGCGUCAUUCUGUGCGCUACCCACAGCUAUCUCUAUAUGACGCGCAGCUUUCCCACGCAACGCGCGCCAUGCGCGCACCAUUCCCGCGCUUCGCGAUGUAUACGCGCGCGCGCGUUCCUGCGCUUGCGCGCCCUAUAG